AGUCUCUAUCAAUUAUUAGUAAACAUAAUGUCAUCUUCAUGCAUCUCUCUCCACUAUAUAUAUUCCUCUCACAUUCUCUCUCUCUCUCAUCACUAGCUAUUGUUGUAUCACUGAAGUUUAGAGGAGAGAAGAGAGCUUUGGUUGGUAAGAAGAAUGGAGCAGAGUCAUGGGAUUCAAGUGCCAAGAGUGAAACUGGGCUCCCAAGGUUUGGAGGUCUCUCGAGUGGGGUUCGGGUGCGCGAGCCUUUCGGGAAUACUGAAUGCUCCUCUGCCCCAUGAAGUCGGAGUUGCGCUACUCAAAGAAGCAUUCAACAAAGGCAUCACAUUCUUUGACACUGCUGAUAUGUACGGCCUACAAGGCGACAACGAGAAAAUGAUUGCCAAGGCUUUGAAAGAUCUGCCUCGUGAGAGAGUGCAAAUAGCUACCAAGUUUGGCAUUUCUAUGACGGCGGACAUGAGCGAGGUUGUGGUCCGGGGCGAUCCCGCCUACGUGAGGCAGUGCAUCGAGGCCAGCCUUAGGCGGCUCGAGGUGGACUACGUGGAUCUGUAUUACCUGCACCGCAUUGAUCAAUCUGUGCCUAUAGAGGAAACUGUGGGGGAGCUGAAGAAGCUGGUGGAGGAGGGGAAGAUACGCUACAUUGGGUUGUCGGAACCAAGUGCUGAGACGAUGAGGAGGGCGCACGCUGUGCAUCCCAUCACUGCGGUUCAGAUGCAGUAUUCUCUGUGGAGUCGAGACAUCGAGGAGGAUGUGAUUCCGGUGUGCAGGGAACUUGGAAUUGGUAUAGUAGCAUACAGUCCUCUUGGUCAUGGAUUCUUUGGUGGGAAAGGGAUGGUGGAGAGCUUGCCUUCUCAGAGCAUCCUGACGUCGCAUCCGAGGUUCACCGGAGACAAUCAGGAAAAGAACAGAGUUAUAUACACCCAUUUCGCGGCCUUAGCAGCUAAGCAUUCCUGCACCCCUCCUCAACUAGCUCUCGCUUGGCUUCUCCAUCAGGGCCACGACGUCGUUCCUAUACCUGGUAUCACUCACAUCCUUAUAACAUUUUAUAAAUGUCAUCAGAAUUUCUCAACACCACGACUUUCAGGGACCACCAAGAUUAAAAAUAUGGAAGCCAACAUUGCGUCCUUGGAAGUGAAGCUCACAGCAGAGGAACUCAAAGAAAUUGGUGAAGCAAUUCCUGUUGAUCAAGUUGGUGGUGAUAAGGAAUAUGGCGUCUUUACUAAGUUUACAUACAAGCUAGCAAAUACACCACCCUAUCAAAAAUGAUAUUGUCGUCGUCGUCUUCGCUGAAUAAAUACUGGACACGAGAGCACUGCAAUAAAGCUCAAAAUGCCCACAUCUGUUACUAGCUUUUCAUUAAUGGAAGUCUCUUCAUUUCAA